AGCAGUGAGGGGAAGGAAGAAGGGAGGAAGGCUCCCAGCAUCCCUCUAGGUGGCAGAGCCGCACCGGAGAUGGAGGAUGCAGGAGGGUGGGGUUAGGGGGAAGACUCUUAAGUUUAGUGGGACACGGGGCAUGUUAAGACCUGGGGGUUGAGGAGACACAGUGCUGGCUCUCAGGAGAGACAACUGGGUGGAAGAUAGCCACUUGAGACUUGGCCCUGAGGGCAGCAGGGGACCGUGGAGAGCAGACGAGGAGCAGGAUCGGACCUGCGGGCGGGUGGGGGCGUGCUCUCCUCCAGGAAGUCUUCCUGACUUCACCUCCCCACCCCCCUCCACAAGUUUGUUACUAAGUUUCCAGCUGGGACUCCAGUCUCACCGUCUGCCCCCAGGGGCUGGGGAGUGCAGAGGUUACGCUGGGCCUAGCUGAUGAGGACAAGUGGGGCAGGGUGUGGGUGGCUCAGCCAUAAUAUCUGGGCGGGGGAUCCUGCCACCUCCCCCUGGAUCUGGCUUCCUUCUCCGCCCAGGAAGCUAUCAGUCCUGUUGGACUCGUCUAGCCCGGGAGGAAUGGGUGCAGGCCCUGGGUCUUGCCCCAGUAUCCUCGUGGGUGCAGCUGGCACCAUGGACACCUCGCGGGCUCUGCUGCUCUUCCUGUUCCUGGGUAAGCCCCCCUACUCAGCCCCUUGCCCACCACUUCCCUUCUCUGCAGCCCAGCAACUCCCUCCCCUCCUUUCCUCUGCAGCCUCGGGAGUAAGAGUCCUCGCCGUCAAAGCCUCUUCUGGAAUUCAGAGAACCAAUCUCUCCUCGGACUCGGAAAGCUCUUCCCAGGGCCCGGGUUUGAAAGUUCCCUCCAUCAAACCCCCCAGCUGGAAAUUUCCAGAUCAGUCUCCAGGUUCAAAAGCCUCUGCUGAUAUCCCUCAUUCUGAAUGGUCUCCUGAGGUGCUGAAUUUGAAGGAUGUGCCCGGGUCCUUCCGGUCCAGUGUUUCUGCUGAGAGCAAAAAUCGGAACCUGGACCCCUUCUCCGGAAUCCCUGGCUCCCAAGUAUUUCCUCGUACCUCGGGUUCUCAAGUUCCUGCCCCAAACCCGGAGCCUUCCUCCUCUGUUAAGACCCCAGCUUCCAAAAGUCAAGUCCCCAAUACUACCGUCUCUGUGGAGGCCCCAGUUUCAAAACUCUCCCCUCAGGAUCAGGAUCUUAAAUCCUCUGCCUGGAGCCUGGACUCCAAAGUUACCUCAGAGGCCUGCUCGGGGCCAAGCUUGCCCCCGCAAAUGGGGGGCCCUCUGGCGGUGCUGGUGGGGACCACAAUCCAACUCCCUCUGGCUCCAGUUCCUGGCCUUGGUCCCCCUUCCCCUCUGCUGGUUUGGCGCCAAGGUUCCAAGGUGCUGGUAGCUGGGAGUCUGGGGCCAGGGGCCCCGCUCAUCAGCCUGGACCCCACGUACGGAGACCGCCUACGAUUUGACGAGACCCGAGGGAGUCUGGAACUCUCCUCUGCCCAGCUAGAGGAUGCUGGGCUCUACACAGCUGAGGUCAUCCAGGCCGGGGUCUCCCGGCAGAUUUGGGAGUUCGUGGUGCGUGUAUAUGAGCCCGUGUCCAAGCUGUCGGUGAAGCCUGAGGUCCCGGAGACCGAGGAGGGGGCGGCGGAGCUCCGGCUGCGCUGUGUUGGGUGGAGGCCGGGUCGCGGGGAGCUGAGCUGGACCCGGGACGGACGCGUCCUGGGGUCAGCGGACCCUGCGGGAGUGGAGCCACUCCGGAUCCGCGUAGAGGGCGACGAGCUGCUCAUCGCGCGCCCUACGCGCAGCGACCAGGCCCGGUACACCUGCCGCGUCCACAGCCCCUUCGGCCACACGGAGGCCGCGACCAACGUCAGUGUUUUCUACGGCCCGGAUCUGCCGGUCAUCACUGUCUCCUCGGACCGCGACGCCGACCCCUCCCUCUUUGUCACCGCGGGCAGCAACGUGACCCUGCGCUGCACCGCCGCCUCGCGGCCACCGGCCGACAUCGCAUGGAGCCUGGCCGACCCGGCCGAGGCCGCGGUGCCCGCCGGCCCGCGCCUCCUGCUGCCCGCGGUCCGGCCCGGCCACGGCGGCGCCUACGCCUGUCUCGCAGCGAACCCUCGCACCGGCUACCGCCGCCGCUCGCUGCUCAAACUCACGGUGGCGGAUCUGCCCCCCGGGUCCCCACAGUGCUCAGUCGAAGGGGGUCCUGGGGAUCGCUUCCUCCGCUUCCGCUGCUCGUGGCCCGGCGGGUUCCCUGCCGCCUCCCUGCAGUUCCAGGGUCUCCCCAAAGGCGUCCAGGCGGGACCGGUGUCCUCUGUGCUCCUGGAGGCUGUCCCCGCCCAGCCCCGGCUCAGCGGCGUCCCCGUCACCUGCCUUGCUCGCCACCUGAUGACCACGCGCACCUGCACUGUCACCCCGGAGGCCCCUCGAGAGGUGCUGUUGCAUCCGAUGGUCGAGGAGACACAGUCAGGGAAGGCGGAAGUGGCGCUGCAGGCCUCUGGCUGUCUCCCACCUUCUCGAGCAUCUUGGGCCCGGGAAGGGCGGCCCCUGGCCUCCGGAGACCAGGGACGCCUGCGGCCUAGCCAGGAUGGGCAGAGGCUCCUCAUCGGCAACUUCAGCCUGGACUGGGACCUGGGAAAUUACUCCGUGCUGUGCAGUGGGGCGCUGGGUGCUGGGGGCGACGAGAUCACCCUCACUGGACCUUCUAUCUCCUCAUGGAGGCUGCAGAGAACCCGGGAUGCAGCAGUGCUGACUUGGGAUGUGGAGCGAGGGGCCCUGAUCAGCAGUUUCCAGAUCCAGGCACAGGUAGAGAACCCUGACCUGAGCAAAGCCACCGCGUCCGAGGACUGGAUCUCCCUGCUCACCCUCGGACCUCGGGAUCGCUCAGCUGUGGUGCCCCUCCUUCCUCAGAAGCCUCGGGCCUGGGUCUUUCGUAUCCUGCCCACUCUGGGGCACCAGCCAGGGACCCCAUCCCAAAGCCAGGUCUACCGCACCGGCCCCACCUUGGGCCCUGGGGCCAUCGCUGGCAUCGUCCUGGGCUCCCUACUGGGCCUGGCGCUCCUGGCAGCACUUCUCAUCCUGUGCAUCUGCUAUCUGUGCCACUUUCAAGGAGAGACUCCUAACAAAAAGAAGCAUCCUCCCAGGUUGACCCCUGUAUUCUCCCUACCGAAAAGGAAGUUUCAGAGCGAGACCCCAGAGCAGACCCCACAGCCUCUGCCCCUCAGCGUUCCACUGGAGGACCCUAGCCCGACCAGGCCCCACCCAGCCACUGAUCCCAGGACAGUCAACUUUUCACAUGGGGUCCCCAAGACUGUUCGGGCAGCCACGCAGGUGUGACCAGGGCUUGUGGCCUGCUCUGCACAGGACUUUCGGGACGGGACUUCCUGUUUCACCCCAGCAGCAGUAGGGGACCUCCUGUCCUGCUGUGAUUGAAGGAUGGACCCAUAAAGUGGGACUUCCUGUCUCCCUCUCUCAGCGCAGAAGACUCGCCUUGUAUUUGUGCAACUAAGGAGAUGGGACUCCUGGGCUAGGAGAGACUCCUGUUGACCUAACAGUGUGGCUUGCACAACUUUCAAGCAGUCGAGGAUCUGUGGCCGACUGGCAGGGCUUGCUGUGCUGCCCCGAGCUGGAGGGGGCGCCCUGCCUCCAUCUCUGGAAAGGUCUUCCUAUAUCAACGUUUGCCUGCUUCAGGCCACGCUCCAUCCAGCUCCCAGAGUCUUCAUCUUAGAUCAGAUCGCGUUCCUCUUCUCUUUAAGCCCUUCUGUGGCUGCUCGUUACCCUUCAGAUAUUGUCCAGACUCCCUCCUCAGCGUGACCUUCAAAGUCUUGUGGUUUGGCCUCUGUCACAGCCUCUCUGACCUUCCCUUCCAGAAAUUUCACCCCUGCUUCUCUCCACCAUACUUAAGUUUGCCUCCAGGCCUUUGCUCCCAGAGUGUACUGUGCCUGCAGCAGCAUUCUUUGCUCUAUGUCAUUCAUUUUUCAAGCGUAAAGGUAACCGUUACCAUCUUAGAGGACCCUUCUCUAACCCGUGACCCUAACAUGCCUCAGUCGUGGGUUAGGUCCCAGAGGCCCUGAGCCUCCUACUCCUCGUACUUAGAUACAUAACUGUUUGCUUAGCCUCCGACCCCCUCUUAACUGGGAGCUCCACGAGGGUAGAGACCGUGUCAUUAUCCUGAGCACUUAACACAGAGUUUGGUACACCGCAGGCCAUCCAUAUUUGUUGACUGAUCAAAUAUUUGGGGCCAGUGAAGGCCUGGGCUUGCUGCUACCAUCCCCAGCAGGAUGCCUUCCUCUUCCUCCUGGGUUUCUCAUUGGAAAUUUAAGGAGUGCAUCCAUGAAGAUUCU